UUCAGUAACCCCUUCGACGUGAGAGUGGCGGCAAAUGCAAUUCCAAAACUUGGAGAGAGAGACCUCUUCACUGUAACAAUGGAGGACUCCACCCCCUCGCCUUUCAAUUUGGGAAUUUUGGACACUCUCUCUCACGAUCAGAUUCAAGAGAUCAUCGAUAGCUACAACGGCUUCUGUUCCGCCACUAACGUGCUUCUCCACGGCGCCGGGGAUCUUUCUAUCGGUUCAGAGUUCGUCACUCACGUCCAUGGCCUCUGCAAGCACGGCAUCGACUCUAUGGUCCGGGACCACUUUCUUCGAGCUCUUGAGGAAACCUUUCAGAAAAAUGGCGCCUUUAAAUUUUGGGGGCAUUUCGAUGCUUACGGCAAUGCUUCUGAACUGGAAAUGAAAAACUCUCAUAAUGGGGAGGAUGAAGUUCAGGAAGUACUAUGCAAAGCUCUAGAAGAGAUAACAAUGGAGAAGCAAUAUCAAGAGAAGUGUUUGUUAAUGUUGGUUCAUGCUUUACAGUCUUUCAAGGAUCAUGUUUCUGGGGGAAGCCACAAUUCAGAUGCAGAGAGGGUCUACCUCCUUUCUAAGUAUCAAAUGCUUGUGUCUUCGGUUCUGAUGGCUACUCUUCCUCGACAUUUUCCAGAUAUGCUUGACUGGUAUUUUAAGGGACGAUUGGAGGAACUAAGUACUAUUAUGGCGGGAGAUGAUAGUGAAUUUCAAGAUGGGGAUGGAAUGGGUUUAGAUGAAAGGAGCAAAGUAUCCUGUGGAGCUGGUCAAAUGGAAAUUGAUGAUUCCUCUGUUCAUGGAAGGUUCUCGGAAAAUAACAAGUUGGUGAAAAACAUUGGGAAGGUUGUUUGUGAUCUUAGAAAUCUUGGGUUUACAUCCAUGACUGAAGAUGCUUAUGCGUCUGCCAUAUUUUUUCUUCUAAAGGCCAAAGUACAUGAUCUUGCUGGUGAUGAUUACAGGAGCUCUGUUUUGGAAUCCAUUAAAGGGUGGAUACAGGCUGUGCCUCUUCAAUUCUUGCAUGCCCUUCUUGCUUAUCUUGGUGAUUCCAUUAGUUAUGACAGUGUUUCUUCUGGACUCAAAUCACCUUUGGCUUCACACCCUUCUUCAUUCUAUCCUGGAAUUGAUACACCUUCUGAAGGGCUUGUAAGAUGGCAAUUGCGACUAGAAUAUUUUGCUUAUGAAACACUUCAAGAUCUAAGAAUAGCCAAAUUAUUUGAAAUUAUUGUGGACUACCCUGAUAGUUUACCUGCCAUUGAAGAUCUAAAACUGUGUCUCGAGUAUACUGGGCAGCAUUCUAAGCUGGUGGAGUCAUUCAUCUCUGCACUACGAUAUCGCUUGCUUACUGCAGGUGCCUCAACAAAUGACAUAUUACAUCAAUAUGUUUCAACUAUUAAGGCACUCCGAACAAUAGAUCCAGCAGGUGUUUUCCUUGAAGCGGUUGGGGAACCAAUAAGAGACUAUUUAAGAGGAAGGAAAGACACCAUAAAAUGCAUUGUGACAAUGCUUACUGAUGGCACUGGUGGCAAUUCAAACAUCUCUGGAAAUGCUGGUGAUAGCCUUCUUGAAGAAUUAAAUAGAGAUGAAGAAAGUCAGGAGAACACUGGUCUUGAUGAUGAUUUUCACACUGAUGACAAGCAAGCAUGGAUUAAUGCCACACGCUGGGAGCCUGACCCUGUAGAAGCUGACCCUUUGAAGAGUAGCAGGAAUAGAAGGAAGGUUGACAUACUUGGAAUGAUAGUAGGUAUAGUCGGUUCGAAAGAUCAACUAGUAAAUGAAUAUCGCGUUAUGCUGGCUGAAAAGCUUCUAAACAAAUCUGGUUAUGACAUAGACACAGAGUUACGCACUCUUGAACUUCUCAAGAUACAUUUUGGAGAGAGCAGCAUGCAGAAAUGUGAAAUUAUGCUAAAUGAUCUGAUUGAUUCCAAGAGAACAAAUUCCAAUAUUAAAGCAACUAUAAAUCAGUCGUCAGGAACAGAUGUAUUUGUAGAUUCUGAGCCGGAGGAUACUGGGUUAGCCAUGGAUAUUCUUGAUGCUACAAUCAUAUCUUCAAAUUUCUGGCCUCAGAUCCAGGAUGAAUCCCUUAUUAUACCUCAGCCAGUUGACCGGUUGCUCUCGGAUUAUGCAAAGAGAUUCAAUGAAAUCAAGACCCCUCGUAAGUUAAUGUGGAAGAAGAAUCUUGGUGCAGUAAAGUUGGAAUUGCAAUUUGAAGAUAGAGAGAUGCAGUUUACAGUGACUCCCGUGCAUGCAGCAAUUAUUAUGAAAUUUCAAGAUCAAGCUAGUUGGACAUCUAAGAAUCUUGCAGCUGCAAUUGGGGUUCCCAUAGAUGUACUUAACCGCAGGAUAAAUUUUUGGACAAGCAAGGGGGUUAUUGCAGAAACACUUGGGGCAGACUCAAAUGACCAUAUAUUUACCCUUAUGGAAGGUGCGGGUGACACUGGUAAGACUGCUGGUAGUAGUGGGAAUUGUGAGGAUCUUGUAGGGGAUGAGGAAGGAGACAGAUCUGUGGCUUCUGUUGAAGAUCAACUUCGAAAAGAAAUGACUGUGUAUGAGAAAUUUAUCAUGGGUAUGCUUACAAAUUUUGGGAGCAUGGCAUUAGAUCGAAUCCAUAAUACUCUCAAGAUGUUCUGUGUAGCUGAUCCUUCUUAUGACAAGACUCUCCAACAGUUGCAAAGUUUCUUAUCUGGACUAGUUUCUGAAGAAAAGUUAGAACUAAGAGAUGGAAUGUACACUCUGAAGAAGUAAUGAUAAAAAAAACGGAUACUUGGGUAAAUGGGGGAGCAAGGCAACCGAGUAGUUAUCUCGUCCCUUGUAAUGGUAGUGUGAUUAUCUCAAUUCAAUUUUGUUGUACGUAUAUCUCAACGAAUGGGCCAUUUAAUGCCUAAUUAUUCUACAUCUCCAUCCAUAUCUUUACAAGAUUGACUCGGUC